CUUUUCUCUAUGCAUGCGUCAGGGCAGCACAGGCUGCACACACGUGUGAACCGAGUCCAUGGCGGCUGCUCCAGCGGUGGAGCUGGGUUUUGUCCAGGAGACUGAAUCCCUUCGGCUCCUCAGUCCCCAUUUCCCCAGUAAGGCCGGCGGGCGCCCUGCCUGGCUGGGAGAGGUGGGAGUGCCUGGCCCUGAAUCCCUCCAGUGUGGCCUUUGCCUGAAGCCCCUGGCCUUCCUGCUGCAGGUAUACGCCCCAUGCCCGGGGAGCUUUCACCGCACCCUCUUUCUGUUUUGCUGUCGGAGCCCCCAGUGUCACAGAGUGGGAGAGACUGGCUGUUUUAAGGUUUUCCGAAACCAGCUCCCUCGAAAAAAUGACACCUACUCCUACGACCCUCCUCCAGAAGUGCUCCCUUCUGAUGGCUCAGGCAGCCCAAGCUUUAAACUGAAAUGUGGGCUUAGCCUCUGCAGGGUCUGCGGCUGUCUGGGGCCCAAGCAGUGCUCAAAAUGCCACAAGGUUAGCUAUUGCAGCAAGGAGCAUCAGCUGUUGGACUGGAAAGCACAGCAUAAAAAGCUCUGCAGUGAGCAGCAGGACCUGUCCAAUGCAGCUCUUCCAGAUCACAACUUCUUAUUCCCUGAAUAUGAGAUUGUUACUGAACCUGAAGAACUGGAGUCUGACUCUGAAAAUGAUGAUGAUGAGGAGCAGCCAGGGGUAGAUAAGGCUGCAGAUGGCCUUAUGUCUGGUGAAGCCUCCCUGAGUGACAACCUAACAUCUGAUGUCAAGGAUCUAGAGGCCAUGGCUAGGCAUGAGAGCACAGAUGAUGUGGUAUUUAAUCUUUUCAAAAAGCGCAUUGCUGCAGAGCCAGACCAGGUUCUGAGAUAUUGCAGAGGAGGUGAACCAUUGUGGAUGUCAGCCCAAAAUGUCCCAGCAGCGAAUGAUAUUCCAGACUGCCAGUGUGGAGCAAAGAGGGUGUUUGAAUUUCAGGUUAUGCCACAGCUACUGAAUCAUCUUAAAGUGGACAGCCUUGGAGAAAGUAUUGACUGGGCUAUUUUGGCAGUGUUUACAUGUAUCAAUAAUUGUAACGCAGAAAAGGAUUACUUAGUGGAAUUCUUAUGGAAACAGGAUGUGGUGGACAGUGCCGUAUAAAAUACUUUAUUUUUGCAUUAUGACAGCAGCACUUCAUGUUUUGCUAAUUUAUACAGACAUUUUUUAGAGAUUGUCUGAUUGUACAUAUUGUGUGUGUUUUAUUUCCUUCUUUCCUCUUCAUAAAUCAUUUACUUUCAACAAAACUGAUUUGAGUGUCUUCUAAAGAGAGGACAUGUGUUUGUUUUGUUAAAGAGGCACUCUUCGCAUUUAAUCUCCCAGAUCAGUUCAGUGGUUUAGGAAUUUCCUGGAAGUCAUAAUUUGACCAACCGCUUUCAUGGUCACGUGUCCAAAACAGUUCCAGAGAAUCAGGGCUUGCGGUUGGUCUAGUUCGGUAGUUUUCAAACACGAACAAACUACCGAACAGAGUCAAUAGUCUUACCCUGAAGCUUGAUCGCCUUGUUUGUGGGAACGUG